AUGAGUGAAACAAAAUCAAAAGAGAGCCAUCAAAAAUAGAAUUUAAUAAUGAUAGGAGGAUAAUAUGCUUUAAAAAGUUGUAUAUAUAGAGGAAGAGUUCAUAAUCUGUAUUUAGGUAAGUAUAUUUGAUAUAUGUUGUAAGCGAUAAACAAAUAACAUUCAGGAAAUUACUUUAUAGUGCGAUUAGUAAUGUAAAUAAGUGUUUAAAUUUAUUGUUAGUUCAUUUACUUGAUAGGCUAACACAAACUUAGACAGCAUCUAAGAAGAAGAGAAGCUGUUGAAGAAAUGGAAUAUUAGUAUAAAAAGUAAAUUAUGAAUUUAAGUGACAUUCAUGCCAACAGUAUUAGCUUCAGGAGAUAUUCGACUAUAAAAUACAAACUAUUAUUAUUAAGUAUUUGACAAAUAUGGACCAAGUUUGAAAUUAUGUUUUUAAUUUGCAAAUAAGAAUUUUACACUAGGAACAAUAUGUAUGAUAGGAAUAUAGAUGGUAUAUAUUAUAUUAUAUAUGAGUAGUUAAAUAUAUUGGAGAAAAUGCAUAGUCAAUUUAUUGUACAUCGUAAUUUGAAGCCUAAGAAAAUAUUGACAAUACCUGGAAAAAAUGAAUUUGUUUUAAUUGAUUUCUAACAAUGUGUUAAAUUCAAACAUAAAAAUGGAAAAUACAUAGGUUUAGGAUCUAAAUUCUCUAGUUAAACUAAAUUAACUAAAUUUUCAAGUUUAAAUCAGCAUUUAGGAUUGAGUAUUUUGAAGUGUUGAUUAUGUUUUAAGCUGCUUCACCAAAAGAUGACUUAGAAUCUUUAGGAUUUAUUCUAAUGUACUUUUUAAAGAAUGGAGACAUGUUCAAAAUUAAGGAAACCGGAUCUAAAACUAAACAAAUGGAAGAAUAAAAGUUGCGUAUGAUUCCAGAAAAGUUUUGUAAAGAUAUGCCUAUAGAAUUUCUAUAAUAUUUUUAAUUUAUUAGAUUGACUAAUGUAUAACAAUAUCCAUUAAGUGAUUAUGAAUUCUUAAAAAAGUUAUUUAGAAAUAUAUUUCAAUAACUUAAUAUAAAUGAAAAAGAAUUUCAAUAUGAUUGGGUAUAAAUAUUAUAGUAAUUAUUAGUUGAAGAAAAUGAAUUUAUAAUCCUAAAAUUAAUAAUAACCAAAAGAUGAUGGAUAAACAAAAAUUGUGAUUCAUGAACCCUAAAAUUUAGAAGGAAUCUAAGAAGUAUAAACAGAAUUAGAAAGAUCUUCAUUUAAAAGAGACCAUCAUCGUUAAUCAUCAUCAUUAUCAUUAUGUAUAAAUGAUGAAGAUGAUUAGUAAUUUGAGAGUGUUAGUAACAAAAUGUUACACUUACCAAAUAUGUAUGAUGUGAUUAAACUAAAACAUUGA